CACCGAACCUGCAUCAUUCCAGUGUAGAACCUGCAGAAGGAAGUACGCACGUCGUCCUAGACCAAAGAGCUGGAGGAGAGAGCCAGGUGGUUUUCCUUUUCCAGAGUGCAUUGAUUACUAGCCAUGCUCACGUUGCUCGGACUGCAUCGUUCACUCAGUCAAAAAAGGGCAAUCAAACGUCCAAUUGAGUUUGCCGAUAACUUACUAAGUAGGACCAAACAGCCGCGAAAGAACGAAGACCAGCCAAUCAAUCCCUCCCCAAAAGAGUUCCUGUCGAUGCAGGACGGACAGUCUAAAAAUCCCAGAGCUCCCCCUGCUCACAAAUCGCGCGUGCUCUGAUUGGAGCGCAUUGGCGGGGCUUCAUUGCCAUCACACACGCCUGCUAGGUGACACAACAAGGCACGUUGUAUGAUGACAAACUUCUCGUCUUCUCGCGCGCCCGCGCUGGUCUUUCAGGGAGGUGCAUGGCAUGAGGACGACGGAGAAAUGAAAGCGGCAACCCUACUAAAUUGGGAUUGCGGCGGCUGGAAAGAUGAG